CAAACAGUCAUCAACUAUGGAAGAACAUACCUCAAAAACUCAAUUCCAAUACGCCCACUUCGACAAAUCUCCGAAAGAAAAGAGCUAAACACCAUUCUCUUCUCAAACCCCACCUUUUGACUAUUCCAAAGGCACACAAAUUUCCAAUACCACGAAGAAAGGACGCAAAGUUCAACCUUGUCCACCAAGCUACCGCUCUCUCCAAGAAAAUUUGAAAAUUUGAUAAAUAUCAAAUCCCUUUUGGGUCAUCACUCAUCAUCAGUCAUCACAGUAUUACCCAAACAACAGAAAAUAGAAAAUCAUGGAGGCCGUGAGAAUAUCGAACACGCUAACAGAAGUGGCGGAGCUGCUCUUCGUGCCGUCGCCGGGCGCCGGGCACAUUUUCCCGAUGCUGGAGCUGGCGGAGCAGCUCGUGAACCGCGACCCGAGGCUCGCCGUCACCUUCUGCCUCAUGAAGAUGCCUUUCCAGCAAACCUCACACGAUUUCAAGUCCUCCUCCGGCAGGAUCCGGUUCGUCGAGCUCGAGCCCACGACCCUUGACCCCGACACCCCUCGCAGCAUCCGGUUCACCUCUUUCAUCGACGGCCACGCCCCGCAAAUCAGGGACAUCGCCUCCAAAACGGCGUCGUCGUCCCGCCUGGCGGGGUUCGUCCUCGACAUGUUCUGCACCUCCUUCAUCGACGUGGCCAACGAGCUCGGCGCGCCGUCCUACGUCUUCUACACGUGCGGCGCCACGUGCCUCGGCUUCAUGCUCCACGUCCAGUCACUCUUCGACAAGGGCGAGUUCGACCCGGCCGAGUUGAAGGACUCGGACGCCGAGCUGGCGAUUCCGGGUCUGCGGGACCCGCUCCAGGGGAAGCAACUCCCGUCGGUGGUGGUGGAGGCGGAUUGGCUUCCGACCGUCAUGCGCCACACGCGGAGGACGAGGGAAGCCAAGGGUAUUUUAGUCAAUACGUUCCACGAUUUCGAGUCCCAGGCGGUUGCUUCCCUGACGACCGGUCAAACCCCUCCUCUCUACACGGUGGGGCCCAUCAUUGACCUCAAGCUGAAGAAGGGAGAUACAGUUGGCGAAAAGGAGAUCGUUGAUUGGCUGGACCAGCAGCCGAAGUCGUCGGUUGUGUUCCUCUGCUUCGGGAGCUUGGCAAGCCUCGAUGAGGAACAGGUGACGGAGAUCGCCGCCGCGUUGGAGGCCAGCGGGCAGAGGUUUUUAUGGUCCCUUAGGAAGCCGCCGCAGAAGGGCAAACCGGAGUUCUACCCGUCCGACUACGACGACGUUAAGGAUGGGUUGCCCGAAGGGUUCAUGGACCGGACAGCUGGGCUCGGGAAGGUGAUCGGUUGGGCCCCACAGACGAGGGUCCUGGCCCAUCCAUCGAUGGGUGGGUUCGUGUCGCAUUGUGGGUGGAACUCGACGCUGGAGAGCACGUGGUUCGGUGUUCCCGUUGCCACGUGGCCGAUGCAGGCGGAGCAGCAGCUGAAUGCGGUUAUGUUGGUGAAGGAGCUGGAGAUGGCGGUGGAGAUCAGGAUGAGCUACCGGAAGUUGAGCGGAGAGGUGGUGCCGGCGGAGGAGAUCGAGAGAGGGAUGAGAGGGUUAAUGGCGGCGGAGAAUGAAGGGCGGAGAAUUAAGGUCAAGGAGAUGAGUGACAAGUGUAGGAAGGCGGUGGAAGAAGACGGGUCAUCCUAUCACUCCGUUGGUCGCUUUAUUGAGGAUGUGAUUAGUAACACUCCAUAACAAAAAACUAAAAAGUUCAAUACUGUGAAAUUUGGUUAUUGCUGAAGAUGUUUUCCGUUUCUUUACUAUGGUGCUCGGUAAACAACUUUGUAACCAUUUGAGAGGCUUGAAAUCUUUGCUCAAAAUAAACAAUUAAUACAUCAUUUGUAUAUUCCUACAUUCGAUCAUGAUUGAAGUACAUUGAUAUUUGAUAAUUCAUUCAUGAUAUUAUAUGGCCGACUCCAAUUCAAAUGACUCAUCAAAUAGUUUCUAAAAGGAUCGAAGUAGAUAUUUAGCAUAUUUGGGGAAAACCGACAACUUUUUUUAUUUCAUAAGAAGACCUAAAUACAUAAACCAUCAGUCCAUGACUCAAUGACAGAUUGCACGACAACUCGUCAGUACCAACUACUCCAUUUUCUUGAUGUGAAGCAAUAGUUCACAUGCACGGAGAGUAGAUGCUGCUUGCCCUAAUAAUCGUGUUCUAGUCCGCUUCGAUGGGCCUACAAAAAAUUUUCAAGGAUGUU